AUGAGGAAUCACACUCCAGUAACUGAGUUCCUCCUCAUGGGACUCCCUCACACAAAUGGGUUGGAAAAUGUGCUCUUUGUGGUAUUUCUUGCCUUCUACUCGCUCACUCUUCUGGGGAAUCUGCUCAUUCUGCUGGCCAUCCUCACUUCCUCCAGCCUGCACACCCCCAUGUAUUUCUUCCUGGGAAACCUGUCAGUGUUUGACAUUUUUUUCCCUUCCGUGAGUUCCCCCAAGAUGAUGCUCUCCCUAGUGGGGCCAAGCCGGACCAUCUCUUACCAGGGCUGCGCCUGCCAGCUCUUCUUUUACCACUUCCUUGGUUGCACUGAGUGUUUCCUGUUCACUGUGAUGGGCUAUGACCGCUUUGCAGCCAUCUGUCACCCCCUGCGAUACACAGUCAUCAUGAACCGCAGGGCAUGUGCUGUUAUGACUCUGGGCACCUGGCUGGGGAGCUGUGUGCAUGCAUCUGUCCUCACCUUCCUCAUCUUUAAGUUACCCUACUGUGGCCCCAAUGAGGUGGACAGUUUCUUCUGUGAUAUCCCGGUGGUGCUGCCUCUGGCGUGUGCAGACACCUCUCUAGCUCAGCUGGUGAGUUUCACCAGUGUAGGUGUUGUGGCACUCAUGUGUUUUCUCCUUAUCCUCGCUUCCUAUACUCGCAUUGUCAUCUCUGUAUUGAAAAUCAGCUCCUCAGAAGGCAGGCGCAGAGCCUUCUCCACCUGCAGUGCCCACCUGACUUCCAUCCUGCUCUACUAUGGGCCAGUGAUCCUCAUUUAUCUCCGGCCAGCCUCCAGUCCUUGGCUGGAUUCUGUGGUUCCUGUGUUCAAUAAUAUCGUGACCCCUUCCCUGAAUCCUUUGAUAUAUACCUUGAGAAACAAGGAUGUGAAGCUGGCUCUGAGAAAAGCAUUAAUCCAAGGACUACAAACUUGUAAAGGGUAA